AAGAGAAAGAGUAUAAAGGGUUUCACUCCAAAUCCUUUUUGGCAGAAUGUCAUGUUUGUCAGGUUCAGAUAAAAGCUAAUCUUUACAGUGGCUUGUUUGGGAAACAUAGGUCCUGAAAGCAGAAUGAAUUGAAUGAAGAGGAUUUACCCAGCCAGCUCUCCAUCUAUACUGUCCACAACAAACAGGAUUCACUGCAACGAUUCUGCUAAUUUUCAUAUAGUCUAUAGCAUCUACGUACAUCCUCUUCUGCCAUGAAGCUGUUGUUCAAAUUACAGACUCUAAAAUCUUUGUGGACUUUGAAGCCUCCUAAUAGAACUUUCCAUGGACACCCCAGGCUGCUCACAUCUGAUGUAUAUUCACAGUAUGAGCCUGUCAGGCAGGGCAAACAGGAAAUACCAAAAUACUUCAACUUUGCAAGUGAUGUACUGGACAAAUGGUCUGAAACUGAAAAGGCUGGAAAGAGAUCAUCAAACCCUGCCUUUUGGUGGAUAAAUGGAGAAGGUGAAGAAGUGAAGUGGAGCUUUGAGGAGCUGGGGUUCCUGUCUCGGAAAGUGGCAAAUGUACUGACUAAAGUAUGCGGACUGCAGAAGGGGGACAGAAUUUUUGUGGUCCUGCCACGAGUUCCAGAAUGGUGGCUGAUAACUGUGGCUUGCAUGCGAGCAGGAAUUGUCUUAAUUCCAGGAAUAUCCCAGUUGUCAGCCAAAGACAUAUUAUAUCGACUCCAGGUGUCAAAAGCCAAGUGCAUCAUUACCAGUGACACACUGACUCCUGCUGUGGACUCAGUGGCAUCUGAGUGUCAGUUUCUGAAAACCAAGCUAAUUGUGUCCAAAGGCAGUAGGGAAGGAUGGCUCAACUUCACUGACCUCUACAAAAACCAAUCUGCUGACCAUUCCUGUGUCAAAACAAGGAUUCAAGACUCGAUGAUUAUCUUCUUUACCAGUGGAACCACAGGUUCUCCAAAGAUGACUGAACAUUCCCAGGGUAGUCUUGGUUUCAGACCCCUUUUAAGUGAAAGGUAUUGGUUGGAUUUGACUCCCUCGGAUGUGAUAUGGAGCACAGCAGACACAGGAUGGGUAGUAGCUUCACUGGCAUCUGUUUUUGAUCCCUGGGUUUUCGGAUCAUGCGUCUUUGUACAUAAGCUACCACGGAUUGAAUCAGCAGUCAUCUUAAAUACUCUCUGCAGAUUCCCUAUUGACACACUGGUUAGUGCUCCAACAUUGUUCCGCAUGCUGGUACAAACUGAUGUUUCCAGCUACAAAUUCAUGAACCUGAAGCACUGCGUGAGUGGAGGAGAGCCGCUCAACCCAGAAGUUCUGGAGCAGUGGAAAAGCAAGACUGGGCUGGACAUCCAUGAAAUAUAUGGGCAGACUGAAACGGGAAUAAUCUGCUCUGGUUUUAAAGGAAUGAAGGUUAAACCUGGAUCAAUGGGGAAGGCAGCUCCCCUUUACGAUGUUCAGAUUGUAGACAAAAAUGCUAAUAUUCUGCCUCCAGGACAACAGGGGGAAAUUGCUGUCAGAAGCAAACCUAUAAAACCACUUGGUUUUUUCUCUGGAUAUGUAGAUAACCCUAAGAAAACGGCAGAAACUGAACGUGGGGAUUUUUAUGUCACUGGAGACAGAGGGACUGUGGAUGAAGAUGGAUAUUUUCAGUUCAUUGGAAGAGAUGAUGACAUCAUCAUUUCUUCAGGAUAUCGCAUUGGGCCUUUUGAAGUAGAGAAUGCCCUGAUAGAACACCCAGCAGUAGCAGAAACAGCUGUUGUCAGCAGCCCAGAUCACCUCAGAGGAGAGGUUGUGAAAGCAUUUGUGGUCCUUUCCCCAGCUUUUUCAUCCACUGAUUUACAGAGUUUAACCUGGGAAUUACAGGAGCAUGUCAAGAAAACUACUGCACCAUAUAAGUACCCCAGAAAGGUGGAAUUUGUCCAAGAGCUGCCAAAAACAGUCACUGGGAAGAUCAAGAGGAAUGAAUUAAGAAAGAAAGAGUGGGGACAGAUGUAGCACUGUUUGGAAAUUAACAGAACUUCUUUCAUUCCAUUAAUGAAUUGCACAUUUCCCUGAUGUAAUUGCCUUCCUCUGUUUUGUUAAAUGCCUGAGUAUCAAAAGCUAUAGAUAACACCAAGAUGUGAUGUUUGCACCUGCUUCCAAAGUGUCAGUACCACUGUUUCAGUUCCUGAAGCACUGCUGGAAAAGGGAACAAAUGAUACAACUCCAUUCUAGUCCCAAAUGUCCACAGGUUCACCAGAAUUUGGCUGGUGACCCAUCUCUUUUAGAUAGCAUUCAGGAUGAGUGAAGAGAUAUUGCUGAUUGUCGGUUGUCUAGCUCGAAGCUGCAGAAAAGGCAGGAAUGGAUUUGAGUGGUUUAAAUGCUCUGUACUUAAAUGCAGUGUGUUUAAUCUGAAUGCAGCCCUCCUAUCACUUAUUGAAGAUGGAAAGACUCCUCUUUAUUGAUAUCACCAUACGACCUUCAUAAACCUUUCUUGAUUAAUACAUGUCUUGAUGAUAAGCA